AUGACGUGGCUCAAGAAGUUGACGGAGCUUGAGGACGACGGCCUCACGGGGGUCCGGGUGCAGGCGCUGCGCCGCUUCGCGGCGGAGCCCGCCUCCGGCAAAGAGGGGCCGGUGCAUUGGCAGCAGAGCAUGGGGCGCAUCACCUUGACCUGUCCACUGGUGCAGGGCAAUCUGAAAGAGGAAGACCUCGUCGUGCAGGCCUCCACCUGCCAGCUGCAGGUGCUGGUGCAGAACAAGCCGGUGGAGGGCCUGAACGGCACGCUCUGUGGCAGCCUGCUGCCCAAGCUCUGCUACUUCAGGCUGCAGCGGGUGGCGAGUCGCCGCAUGACCCGCGGGGUGGACGAGGCUUUUCAGAGGGCGACGCUGGUGCUGGAGCUGGCGAAAGGCGCCCACAAGAGCUGGCCGCAGCUGCGGCGCGGCGGAUUUGGAAGCGUCGAACGCUUCCGAAGCUUCCCGAUGAGUGGGCUGCUUCGCUGGGGCAUCUGCGGCGCUGGGAAGAUCUCCAGGGACUUCGCCCUGGGACUUCUGCAAAACGGCGGCUUGGAGAAAGGUUCUCGGGUCCAUGGCGUGGCUUCUCGGGGUGGACACGGGGCGCGGGAGUUCGUGGCAAAGUUUGCGAACUGCGGUCAUCAGAUUGGCCGCAGCUUCAACUCCUACGAAGAGAUGUUUGCAGAUCCCGAGUUGGACGUGGUCUAUGUGGGAACCGUUCACCCCACACACUACCAGGUGGCCUUAGCCGGCAUCCGGGCUGGAAAACAUGUGCUGGUGGAGAAACCUCUGUGCACCACCCUGGCUGAAACCCGAGAUCUGGUCGCUGAAGCUCGGAAGGCCGGAGUUUUUCUGAUGGAGGGUUUGUGGACGCGCUGCUUUCCGGCCACCCUGCGCGUCAAAGAACUCCUGGAGUCCAAUCGCUUCGGCCCCGUACGAGCGGUUUCUGCGGACUUUGGCUUCUAUCUGCCCUUUGACGCCUCCCACCGGUUACAUGCGAAGGAGACGGGCGGAGGUGCCAUGCUGAACUUGGGCUUCUAUCCGGUGCAGUGGGCGGUUUUUGCUUUUGGCGGCCGGAUUCCGGACCGCAUCGUUGCAGCUGGGCGCCUAUCGCCGGCGGGCGUCGACUUGCAAGGUGGCGCCACGCUCGUGUGGAACGGCAAGGAUGGCAGCGGUUCCGAGCCUGGGACUUCGGCUGGUGUGGCCAGCUUGACCUUCGGCUUCUGCUGCAACACUGGGGAAACUGCCGAGAUCAUCUGCGAGAGGGGCAGUCUGCGCGUCGAAACGCCGGCCCACGCCCCGAUCAAGCUCCGAAUCGUGGAUCGGUCUGCGGAUCCUUUGGCGCGUCCGGGCGCCGGUUCGUAUGAAGAGGAAGUGGUGGAAUUUCCAUUGGAGGAACUUCCCUACCACAGCUGGGCCGAGCCGCAGCCCGGUUUCAGCUAUCCUCAUGGGGAAGGGAUGAUGUAUGAGGCAAGACAUGUGGAGGAGUGUUUGGCAAGAGGUCUGCUGGAAUCGCCGCUGUAUCCUUUGGAUGAGACCCUGGUUGUUGCGCAGAUCAUGGACGAGUGUGUGCGACAACUCACUCAGCGCCCUGCGUGA